AUGGGCGCCGUCAAGCAAGAGGUUGAGGAUGUGUACGCAGCCACCGCGGUAGCACGCUACUGCUACGGCUCCAAGGAAAGCAAGCAAGAACGUGCCAUGGCGAUGGAAGCAGAGGAAGACGGAGGUGGGCUGGAAGGUGAGCUCAUCCCGGGGUUGCCCGACGACGUGGCCAUGGAGUGCCUGGCGCGGGUGCCGAGCCGGUCGCACCGGCGCAUGCGCAGCGUGUGCCGCGGAUGGCGCGGCACCGUCGGGUCAGCGGACUUCCGGCGGCGCCGGAGGGCCGCCGGGGCGUCGGAGGACAUCUUGUUCCUCGUCCAGACCGCGCCCGCGCGCGGCGACGGGAAGGGAUCGACGCCAGAAUGCGCGCUGGCGGCGGCGAACCUCACCACCGGCGAGUGGCGGCGCGUGGAAGGGCACGCCGACGCCUGGGGACCCGUCCCGCUCUUCGCGCAGUGCGCGGCCGCCGGCGACGGGCGGCAUGUCGCCGUCGUGGGGGGCUGGGACCCGGACACGCUCCGCCCGACCAGCGACGUCCGGUUGCUGGACGUCUCCGCCGGCACGUGGCGGCGCGGCCCGGAGAUGCCGGACACCCGGAGCUUCUUUGGAUGCGCUGGCGGCGACGGCAACGUCUACAUCGCCGGCGGCCACGACGAGUGCAAGAACGCGCUCCGCUCCGCCUUCGCGUACAGCGUCGCGGCCGACGACGCCUGGCGCGCGCUCUCGGACAUGUCCGAGGAGCGCGACGAGCCGCAGCUCGUGGUCGUGGCGACCCCGGGCCGCGUCCUCCUCGCCGCCAGCGGCUACCUGACCGAGGCCCAGGGCGCGUUCAGGAACACCGCCGAGCGCUACCACGCCGGAGGCGACGCGUGGACCAGCGGCGAGGGCUACGUGAUCCCCGGCGGCGACACGGCCGGGAAGACGUGCCUGGCGUCGGUGCGCGGGACGGUGUGGGCCGUCGGGGCCGGGAAGGACGGCGUGCGGGAGUGGGACGGCGACGCGCGCGCGUGGAGGGACGUGGCCGACGGGCCGCCGGGCAUGAAGGCAUGCGUGAAGGCGGUUGGCGUCGGCAACGGCGGGGCCGUGUUCGUGUUCGGCACAGUGGCCGACGCGGCGGCGGACGGCGUCAAGUACUCCGCGUGGGUGAUGGAAGCGAGCGGCGGUGCAUGGAAGCGAGUGCCCGUGCCGUCAGAGUUCGGCGGGUUCGUUUACUCAGCCGCGGCCGUGUCUAUUUAG